UGGGAUCCCGACGCUCGUAAUAUAUUCGGCUGUAAUAUAUUUCAACGGCGAGGUCUUCUCACCGACAACAUAAUUUCGGAAUUGGACCGCCAGACCGGGGGAACGUGUCCUGCACCUUGAGUCCCUGCCAAUUUGAUCCUCGAUUGACCAAAAUGAAGCCUUCAGCUUCAGGGAUUCUCGUCACAGCUAAGAGGGGCCUUCCAGCGCUCCGAGCGCCCCUAGGACGGCAACCCCGUUUCUUCACCCGAGCGGCGUCUUCCUCGGCUUCCGAGACAAACGCCUCGGCUGCGAUAAUCACUUCACGAACUCAUCCUCGACCACAUGUAUUAUCUAAUCGUUCCCCCCUCCCCGUUGAAAGCUGUCGAAGUUACGCUUCGGCACCGACAACAGGAUCCGAAUCUCUAGGCAAGACAGCCCUUUACGAUCUCCAUGUCUCACACGGCGCUAAGAUCGUGCCAUUCGGUGGCUUUUAUAUGCCGGUUCAGUACGCCGGGCUGAGCGUUACCGCCUCCCACCACUUCACGCGAAGCCACGCCUCGCUGUUCGAUGUCGGACACAUGGUCCAGCAUCGGUUCGAGGGUCCCGGCGCCACUGCGUUUCUCCAACGAAUCACACCCGCCGGCCUCGAGGGCCUCAGCACCAACUCGAGUACCCUCAGCGCACUGCUGGUCCCUGGUACCGGCGGCAUCGUCGACGAUACCAUUAUAACAAAGCUCGGCGAAAACUCUUUCUACGUCGUCACCAACGCCGGGUGCCGGGACAAAGACCUCGCAUAUCUAAGCGAGCAGUUAGGACAAUGGGAGAAAGAGGGCCGUCCGUCUGUUAACCACAAGGUCCUCUACGGCCAGGGCUUGGUCGCGCUGCAAGGCCCGCUUUCCGAGCAGAUCCUCGAACAAGUCCUAGCCAACCCCAAGGAAACCGAUCUCCACGGGCUGUUCUUCGGACAAUGCCGCUCCGUGACGCUGAAGCUCCACGACGGGCGUGAGGUGUCCGAUAUCCUAGUCAGCAGAGGCGGAUAUACCGGCGAAGACGGGUUUGAGAUCUCCAUCCCUGAGGAACACACCGUCGCCGCAACCGAAACACUCCUUCAAUCCGCCGGCCCGGAGAAAUUACAGCUGGCUGGCCUGGGCGCGCGCGAUAGCUUGCGUCUGGAGGCGGGCAUGUGUCUGUACGGACACGACCUAAACGAAGACAUCACGCCCGUCGAGGGCGCGCUAAGCUGGAUCAUCGGCAAGGAACGGCGCAGCGAGACGGACGUUUCAAAAGGCGCGUUCUACGGCGCAAGCGUCAUUCUCAGCCAACUAACGCCCAAGAGCAAAGGCGGGGCGGGCGUCGAGCGCCGGCGUAUCGGGCUAGUAGUCGAGGGGGCACCCGCGCGGGAGGGCGCCGAGAUCCAGGACGAAAGUGGUGCGAAGGUUGGCGCCGUGACUAGUGGGUGUCCGAGCCCGACGCUAGGCAAGAACAUUGCCAUGGGGUAUGUUAAGGAUGGCCUGCAUAAGGCGGGGACCGAGCUCGUCGUUAGUAUUCGCGGACGUCCGCGGAAGGCGGUUGUGACGAAGAUGCCGUUUGUGCCGAGUAAGUACUGGAAAGGGAACGCUUAGGUUGUUAUUGCGUUUCGACAGUAUGUAAGGUAGGUUAGGUUAGGUUAUGGAAACUAAGACAGGCGUGUGUCUGUACAAUGCAAUAUAAGAUGGCGGGAGCGAAGAAUAUGGGUUGGUAGGUUGGUUGGUUGCAUUUUUUGGGCACUUUGAGACUUUCAACAAUCCAGGGGCGUCGGGGUAAACUACCGGUAUAUAAGUAGAUGAGAUAGAUACCCUCAACGAAGAUCUACGUUACGAUUACUGUUGUUGAAUGGUUUUGUCCUAUGGUAACUAAUACUAGUUAAGUUUGCUAGGUUGGGCUAGUUAUAUGGUUUGUUUAGUUUGUAAGUGUAUAAGGUGUUGCUUCCACUAGUACAGCGAAGAUAUUCGUAGAGGUUGUAAGUAGAUUUAAUCGAAGGUCGAGUUGACUACAGGUCAUAUAGUUGCUAUCGAGAGGGAAGA